AUGCGUGCGGGAAGGGCAAGCCUCUGCAAGCCUGCUAUCGCGCAGCCGCAGCACAAGAGCCAGAAGCCGGCGUUUCUCGUGCCUUUUGAGGUGUUCUAUGAUGCGCUCACGUACGCGCGUACGCUCAAGGGCUGGCCGCACGAACCGCCGCAGAAAUCCGCUGCGCUCACGCAGGCGCCGCAGCGCCAGCAGGAGCACGUCGCCGCCAUGGUCGAGCGCUGGCUGGGCCCUUCCCUGCCAAUGAUUCAGAUCUUCUGCCGUUCCACGCCCUCUGUCUCUCAUAAUCACACCCUCAGCCGUGGCCUCGAUGUCGACGAAGACCACCUGCCAGCAAUCCGCGAUGCGCUCGCCCGCACACCCGAGCUGCGCGCGCUCGUCCGCGCCGUCUGCGUCCACGCGGUGGUCGACAAGUCGACGUCGACAGCUCCGCGCCCCCCACGACUCGGCCAAGGUCUGUGCGGCGCGACGCCCGUCGAGCUGGAACCCUACCUCGACCUCACACGCGUCCAGUCGUGGAGCUUCGACGUUCAGGGCGACCUGGAUGUGGUCGACUUCCCUCCCGUGCGAGCCCUGUGGACACUGAACACCUUCAUGAGCAGACUGGUACAUCGCCCUCAAGAACCCUCCGCGUAG